CUCGCGCGCGUGAGACGGACGCGAAGUGAGUAGUAGAGCUACGACGACGGCGACGGCGUUUUGCUCCACGUUCAACGGCGUGGUGGCACCUCCAGAAGAAGAGCUUUCGCCCUCCCGCCGCCUCUCACCCCCUGUCGCGCGUCGUUGUUCCUUUGGAACGGGUUAGCCCCGAGGGAGGAUAGUCACAUCGACGUGCGGACACCUCGCGGAUCCCGCUGCAUCGGGUUCCUUUAUCAACAGGCACGAGGGUGCUUUAGCCGACGUCGUGUCCUUCUUGCUCACGUAAUUGUCGCAUCAUCCGCGACCAGCAGCAAGUAUAUCGCGGAUGCGUUCGCGGAGUACGUAGUAGUCCCGACACCUCCGGUGUGACUCGCUUGCGGGAAAUUCUCGGAAUGAUUCGCGAGUGACGCUGACGGGAGACCAGAUAAGAGCAGAAUAAGAGACAAGGAAGGAGGGGGAGUCGAGAAGAGGACCUUCCAGAAACAGCCACGUGAAUACCGACGGCGUAGAAGUGACGUCCAAGGGAUACCGUCCGUGGACAGCACGCAACACGCGAGACAUACGACGAGGGUACGCCGGAAAAAGGUACGCGGCGACUCGCGGUAGCGUGUCGAAAGUGCCGGCUCCAAGGACAUCGGUACACUACGUGAACGGUACUCCCUCGCAGGGAGGAGAAUAGCUGGUGGGCGGCGUGCAGGGCGGAGGUACUUGCGAGAUAAGGGAGCGUGAUAAGCGCGCCGCGGUGGCGGGUGAGCUGGCUUGCCUCGCAGGCUACAUGGCGGGGUACCUGAGGGCGACAGGCUCGUCCUGCACCCCGACCGGAAGUCCUCAGUACCACCCCCAUACGCAUCCGAUGGGUGUCAGCAGCCAUCCUCAUCCUCAUCCUCACCCGCAUCCGGGUGCACCGCAUCAUGCUCUAUCGACGCCGUUCACCCUCGGCCAUGGGCAACCUCAUCCGCUGGAGCAUACGUUGCCCGGGUAUCCGCAAGGAAUGAAUCAGCGCAAGCAGCGUCGCGAGAGAACCACCUUCACCAGGUCUCAGUUGGACGUGCUGGAGGGACUGUUCUCGAAAACGAGGUACCCGGACAUCUUUAUGCGAGAGGAAGUUGCUCUCAAGAUCAACUUGCCGGAGUCACGAGUCCAGGUCUGGUUCAAGAAUCGCCGAGCGAAAUGCAGACAGCAAAUGCAACAGCAACAGACCCCGCCGCCAGCCAAGAGCUCCCCCAGAUCGAGUCAGAAUCACAGCAACAACAGCAACGCGACCAAUAGGGUACCGACCAGCACGUCGACGACGACGUCCAACAGACGAUCCCCGCCGAACUCGCCGCCGCAGGGCAGAGAAGCGCCGGCAGCCGGCAGCUCGCCGUUGCUCACGACGUCGACGACGUAUCCGCGUAUGGGGACGACACCGACCGGCGGCAGCGCGGGCAACAGCAACCUGACGACGCCGUCGCCACCGCUGACGCCGGGCUCCAGUCAGCUGCAACCGCCGUCCUACACGACUCCGGUCAAUCAGAUCCACCACACCACCGAGUACCAUCCGCCCGGCUUCAGCUGGACCCCGGCCUCCGCCACGACCACAUCCGUCAACACGAGCCAGUACGCCGGGCAGAAUUAUAACGCCUACCAGACGCCGUACACCGGCGACUACUAUCCGACCCAGCUCUCGCAUAUGCACAGUCCGCAGACCAACUAUCAUCAUCACCACCCGCAGUAUCAUCCGAACAUGAUCACCUCGUCCAUGUCGCACCUGACUAGUCACCACGUGAACCCGGCCGGCAGCAACGAGAUCAUCGCCUCGUCGGCCGACACCGACGGUUACGUCCUGCCCGAUCAAAGAUACUCGUCGAUGACAUAGCGCUCCGCCGGCAGAUCCUCCGGGAUUUUUCACCGAAGCCAAGAGACCGCGACUGUAGCCAGUUCUUCGUCGUCUUACCACUGGCGGCUCAACGCCACGGAGAACUGCGACGAGAUGAACGGCAACCUGGACUCCGACGACAAUUGAUGCGUCGUUGCCGAGGAUGGCUGCGCGAAGACGGCGAGGAUCGACUGGACGCGCCGAAGGCCCGGAGAUUCACGGCGCCGGUCACGGAGGCGGAUGAUCGGCACUCGUCGCGUGCACGCACACCGCGCUGGCUGCGCGCGAAAGUCGCCAAAAGGUGUGUCGUCCCGAUUAUUGCUUAUCAGCGGACCGCGCGCGCGCGCGCGCGCGAUGAUACGAAAAAUGGCUCGGGCGGAACCCCGCGGUCGAAGAACGCGCAUCGGUUCACCGCGUCGCGUUCCCCGUGAUUUGUAAUUUAUAAUUUACGAAUAGCAAAAUCACACAGUUGCUCUUACAAUAUAUUAUAUUUAUAUAUUUUAAACACACACACACACACACACA